UUCUUUUCUUAAAAAAAAAAAAAAAAAAAUCAAAGACAAUCACAAACUCUCUUCUUCUUCUUCUUCCUCAACCCAUCUCUCUAAAUCACAAUCUGAGACGUCACCUGAAACAUAACGCAAUCUAAACGCCGCUCAAUCAAAAUCAGCUUCUACUUUGUUUAAUUGUCUUCCGAUUAAACCCCUAAAUCACUCUGUUGUUGCUUUUUACAUGGGAUGGUCACUAAUCAUUCUCAAAAGAGCAACUCGGGCUUGACAAAGUCCAUGAAUUUCUUUCAGAAUAUUAUCAAACCUUUCAAACGCAGCUCCAAUCGAGGUCUUGAAGAUGAUAUUGAGCGAAUCGCUGCUUUGGAGCAGAAAGUUUUCUCAUUUCAAGUUUUAGUUUCCGCUACCAAAGAUUUUCACCCGACCCAUAAACUUGGUGAAGGUGGAUUUGGACCCGUCUACAAGGGAAGAUUAACUGACGGGAGAGACAUAGCAGUGAAGAGGCUAGCUCAAGCUUCAAGGCAAGGCAAAAACGAGUUUGUGAACGAGGCCAAGUUGUUGGCUAAAGUCCAGCACCGCAAUGUUGUUAAUCUUUGGGGUUACUGUACACACGGAGAUGAUAAACUCUUGGUAUAUGAAUACGUCGUAAAUGAGAGCCUCGACAAGGUCCUCUUCAAAUCCAAUAGAAAAUCUGAGAUAGAUUGGAAGCAGAGGCUUGAGAUCAUAACAGGCAUUGCUCGAGGACUACUCUAUCUCCAUGAAGACGCUCCGAACUGUAUCAUCCACAGGGACAUUAAGGCUGGCAACAUUUUGCUGGAUGAAAAAUGGGUUCCUAAGAUUGCAGAUUUUGGGAUGGCCAGACUCUAUCAGGAAGAUGUAACACAUGUCAACACUCGAAUCGCAGGAACCAAUGGUUAUAUGGCGCCAGAGUAUGUAAUGCACGGGGUUCUGUCAGUUAAGGCAGACGUAUUCAGCUUUGGGGUUUUGGUUUUGGAACUUAUAAGUGGACAGAAGAACUCGAGUUUUAGUAUGAGACACCCUGACCAGACUCUUCUUGAAUGGGCAUAUAAACUAUACAAGAAAGGCAGGACCAUGGAGAUACUAGACCCUGACAUACUAGUUUCAGCUGAGCCAGACCAAGUCAAACUCUGCGUACAGAUCGGUCUGCUAUGCGUUCAAGGUGAUCCUCAUCAAAGACCAACCAUGAGACGAAUAUCUCUACUUCUCUCGAGAAAACCUGGACAUCUAGAAGAACCAGAGCACCCCGGUGUCCCGGGAUCUAGAUACCGCCGUCGGACGCAUCGUCGUCCUUCAGGAACAGCAUCACUUGGAACAACAACGUCGACCACUGGUUCAAGUACAGAUUCUUUCGGUUCGAACCUGAACACAAACACCGGAACCGGUGGUAAAGGUACCCCUGCAUCUUCAAGAACUUCGACACGGACUCAUGCCAUUAGAAGUGCUGGUCAGAGCUCUAGCUCAGAUCCUAAUGGAAAAAGACAUAUGAGUUACUGAAGUCCAUUGUGUAUAUAGCGAGCUGCAUAUAAUAUAUAUCCUUCAUUUUUCGUUUUUUUGAUAAAGUAAAUUAUAUUAUUUUUGACUAUGGUAGUGAUUUAGCUUUGUAGUAUGAUUUAUCAUAUUACUAGGAAAACAAAAUAUUUUAUUCAUUUGUUACAUUUGUACAUUAUAAUAAAAUCAUUUGUCCCAUUUUUAAAGCCCA